AUGAUAACGAUAGCGGUAGCGGUGGGUAUGGGAGGGAUGGGUAGUGUCCAGGGCUGUAACGAAGCCGUCUGUGCGUCAAUCGUAAGCAAAUGUAUGCUAACAAAGAGCUGCAAAUGCGAUGACUUUAAGCGGAACCGGACCUGUAGUCGCGAUUGUCUUCAUUGUCUCGACUAUCUAUACCACGACUGUUGCUCUUGCGUUCAGAUGUGCCCCAAACCGAACACUACGGAGACGUCGUUGGCCUCCAAAUCGCAUGUGGAAGACCUGGUGGAGCCUCAGGAGGAGCUGUUCUCAGUGCUCACCGAACAGACCGAUCACUUGCUUCGGUGGACAUCGCAUACAAUACCGACGAGGAUUGUGUUUAUGGACUCGUCGUCGUCUUCUUCUUCAUCGGCCGCUAAGAACACGACUAACGGCGAGAGCGACGGCUCCGACGACGGGGUGGACACCGAGCGGGACAUUGCGGUCAACUGUACGGUCGCCUACAUGUCUCAGUGCAUGUCUUGGGCGAAGUGCAAGAGUUCGUGCACUUCGAUGGGCGCCACGUCUUACCGAUGGUUUCACGACAAGUGUUGCGAAUGUAUUGGCAGUUAUUGUAUCAAUUAUGGCAUCAAUGAGUCUCAAUGUAUUCAGUGUCCGCUCACCACAGAGGAAGAGCCCUACGAACCCGAAGUCACUCCAGAGGAUUAC